AUGCUUUGGAGUUCAUUACUGGUAUCUUGGACACUGUAUAAGUUAUGCGGUUGUGGGGUCCGUCUUACUUGGCACAGUAGCUUGUCACAUGGAUUGAGCAUCUUUCAAGAGGGUUAUUGUGGUGGGAAAGAUACUUUAAAGCUUGAGACAAAUGCUGAGUCAUCAAAGGGACCAGAAGGUGAAGAAAGUGCUGCACCAAGCUAA